CACCGUUUUACACAGUGUGAGGGUUACUUUAUUAAACACAAACAUACACACACACACGCAUACCCUACACAAGCAAACUUAUUACGUACUUGGCUAGUAACUCCUUCACCUCCACCUCAACUACCGUAAAAGGAGGUGAAAUGAUGAUACUUUAUUGUUUCGUUGCUUUAAUCGCGAAUGCGCACCGCGCGCUUGCCACUUUUGCAACGCGUGGAGCUCUCGAACGCGUGCACAGGACCAUGGUAUGGACCGGAGUUGAAUAACGAAAAAGAAGGUCAGUCUUGUACGCCUCGAUACGAUAGGAGAGAGGGUAACGAUGUUAUGGAUGAUGGUUUUCACUACCGAGUCUCGAUCGAGCAGCAACCGCUUGAUCACGCCUAGCUUAGGUGCGAAAACAUCAACCGAUCUCGGUUACCACUGAGGUUAAGGCUGAUGUGGGUCAAGAAUGUGAUGAAAAGAAUUCGUAAGCACGCCUUAAUGUAGUGGUAAUGCAAAUUCAUCACACGUCUUCAUAAUUGCCGCUCGCCAUAAAAAUGAGCCAUUCGCACGCAAAAUAUUUUCGACGAUCGACAACGAGCAACCGGAGGAGCAGUGAGAAUCUUGUUCUUAGCGGUUUGGUGUAGUGUUUUUGAACGCGAUGAAUUGUUAAUGAGCCAAGAACGUUGAUGCUGCUGCUGCUGCUGUUGUGGUUGUCUGUGGUCAAGAUUGUCUAUGGCCGGGUGGGAACUGUGUCAAUUGGAAUUGGAUAUGUGUUAGCAUACAAAGCGAUCGUGCGGUUCUGAAAGUGAAAAGAAAAGAAUUCGAAUAAAGGCUUCGUGCUUCAGCAUCAUUAAUGUUAAUCGGCUGUUUGCUAACUAUGUGAAGGUUUUAAUUAGUUUGCUUUAAAAUAGUUAUUAUUUUUUGUUGGUGUGCAAAAAAGAGGUUGGUCCCACUCAGUCAAACACUAUUUACAGCUGAAUGUGGUCUAAUUUUGUAAAUAGCAUUUUAGUAGAUACGGGUUUUUUGUUAUUUCUGCACCUUUGAGCCGUCGUUAAAUGAUAAUGUUAAAGAGAUGUUGAGUAACUUAAAUCUAGCCAUAAAUUUACCAUCUUGACAACUCGUUAACUUAAUUCAUCCCUCUAAUCACCGAUAGUGGCCAUUCGAGCUGUACAAGCCUCAUUUUUUAUCCAUGAUACAUCUGAAAAGCUUGUGGAAGACUGUUUCUCUCUUUUUGAUAAAAAUUACAUAAAAUCUUCCGAGAUGUGAAUGGUUCAAGAAAGGGCACGAAAUGAAUAGUGCGGUGGGAGACGUAAUGGUUGCUAUUAGAUGAAGCAUUGCUGGACGCCUCGGUACGCUUUCGUUUGAAGGAGUCGUCGUAAAAGUUGAGAUGAUACCGCCGUUCGGACGUUUACCACUAUGACGCAAUCGUGCGCAAGAAGCUCUUUUAGGUGUAUAGAGACAAACAAAAAAGCCGGCCGCAUUGUUGACGAUCAUGACACAAGAGGCCUUGGAUAUGCAAUACGUUUAGUGAUGCGAUCAGAUUGAAGAGGGAAGAGGAGGCGUAAGGGUAUGUCUUACGCUGAAUGUAGUUGGCUUGCAAGAAAAAGCAAAACCAAAACUAUACUACGGUCGGAAGGUUAAUCUCAUAUCGACUCAUGUGUUAAUUCAUUAUAAUAAUUGUAAAAUAAUAAUAUUCCAUUUUUGCGUUAAGAUCCCGAGUCGGUCUUCGUGUACAAUAUUUUGAAGUCUUUCUAAAGGUGUUUUUGGAGAAAUAAUAAUACGUUUCAUCAUUUUGUUAUUGGAAAAAUAUUGGAUUUAAUUAAAUGACCAUAAUUCAAUGAAAAAUACCAGUCAUUUCAUUUACAUAUUUAAAACAAAUGUUUAAAUCCACACAAAUAAUUUGUAUGACGUAUUUGUUUGCAUUAAUAACUUGCAUUUGUUAUAAAAUUUGGCGACAUCAUUCGAGCAGCGCUGUACUACCGAUUAGAUCAGAUUUGCUUGUUUUGAUGUAUCGACAUAGAGCAAGCAUGCAUGCGAUACAUUGAUAGACCACCGCCUAAUGCAUCACUACACGAGCUGUCAAAUAACAAACUGUCAGAACAAUCAGCUGUGGUUUAAAAAACCGCCGAACGGCACAGGUACAAGAAAUCGCACCACAUUAAAUGUUCCGAGAGUGCAAGGUGUCGAUCAAAAGUUUCCAUUAUGAAAGAUAUAACGUUUAUUUCUUCGAGUUAUAUUUCCCUCCGCGAAGCGUUCCUCAGCGUGCCUGUACCGGCGAAUCAGUUCAGCCUUCUAAUGCCCACGCAGGACAAUGAACCCGCUGGAUGUGAAACGUUGGACGACAUUUACGAAGUGUGUGCAUUGCAAAGUUUGAACUGCAGCUUGGAGGAGUUUCAGGUGAUAGACAAGCAACUGUUUAAUUGCAUUUUUGGAACGAAAUUUUCCACCCAUUUGCUCGGUGGCGGCCUCAAUCAGCUCAGUCUGUCAGAGCCGGCUGUAGUCACCAAAGCCAAGGAGCAAACGGUGUGCAAAACGCGCACCAUUGCUGGACGUCCUUCGUGGCGCAUUUCACUGGGUACGAAGCUAGACCCAAAGCCAGCAUCAGCUGCCAAGCUACCGGAGUGGUUAGUUGGAACGGAUCGUCAGAAACUUUACAAUAUGGAAGCACUAGACGGUAACGGAAAACGGCUCGACCUGAUGCUCAUGGGCGUAGGCGAGCCGAAAGCGUCCCGUGAGAAUGGUAAGGAGAACCGUGUCGCCAAAUCGAACGAAGGUUUAGGGAAGAAUAUCAAGCAGCAUAUCGCUAUACCCCCAAAAGCUGUGCCGGCUAGCCAUACUCAAGGCAAUGUUCCGGUUGUCAGGUCAACGCGAGAAGCCUUGUUAAGCAUAGGGUUGAAUGAAAACGUUACCCUGCUAUCGGACAAACUUAUGCAACAUUUUAACAAACUAUCUAACGUAGGCGUUCCAGUACUGAGAAGCAACAGUGGGCCAAAUAUUGGCGUGAAAAUGCGCCGGAAACAGCAGCUAGGUGCACCUUCUUUCAUCACUGCACCUACGCCAGCGAAACAGAGAAGAAUGUCCACCGUGAAGGAUUUGACAGGCGAUCGGAGGGUAGUCCUUAAUGCAGAUACUUCCGCACUGUACCAUGAUGAAAACGCAAACGUCUGCCAAGCGGCGGUCAAAGAUAGUCGGAAUACCCGUAACAAAGUUUCCAAGCGAAUUUUGCGAAAAUCAACCAUUAAUCAGAAAACAGUAGGCCAAACUAGGGAGCGAACGAACGGUACGAAAUGA